UAUAUUAAAAAAGAAAGAAAAAAGAAAAAAUAUAAUUUUUAAAAUAUCAAUAACACUUAAAAAAUAAAAGAUAUAUAUAUAUAAAUAUAAGAGAGAGAGAGAGAUGGCUUCUGAGACUGAAGAGACAGCACUCUUAGAAGAUGUUCUGCAGAAUGAAGGCGGUGGCCUCUACACCGGAGAUGGUUCAGUUGACUCCAAGGGGAACCCUGCUCUCAAAAAUAAUACCGGACAGUGGAAAGCGUGUUCCUUCAUUCUUGGUACGUUCUUUUGUGAACGGUUGGCCUUCUAUGGGAUUUCUACCAAUCUUGUCAACUAUUUCACUGACAAACUGCACGAAGAAACUGUCGUUGCUUCAACGAGUAUCACGAAUUGGAAAGGAACUUGCUACAUUACACCCCUCAUCGGGGCAAUCUUAGCCGAUACCUAUUGGGGAAGAUAUUGGACAAUUGCCGGUUUCACUAUAGUCUACUUAAUUGGAAUGUGUACUCUGACUCUCUCAGCAUCAGUUCCAGCACUUAAACCUGCUGAAUGUGUUGGUUCCGUAUGCCCUACGGCUACGACUGCACAGUAUGCAGUACUGAUUGCUGGACUAUAUCUGAUUGCGUUAGGGACAGGUGGGAUCAAACCUUGUAUAUGGCCAUUUGGGGCAGACCAGUUUGAUGAUACCGAUCCCAAGGAAAGAGUGAAGAAGGGGUCGUAUUUCAACUGGUUUUACUUUUCUCAAAACAUUGGUGCUAUUAUAGCAAGCAGUUUACUGGUGUGGAUUCAGGAAAAUGUUGGGUGGGGUAUUGGAUUUGGAAUUCCUACAGCGCUUAUGGGCGUUUGUAUUGCAAGUUUAUUGAUUGGCACACCUCUAUACCGAUUUCAGAAACCAGGCGGAAGCCCUCUAACAAGAAUAUUCCAGGUUUUGGUUGCAGCGUUCCGUAAAAAGAAUGUGAAGGUGCUCGAGGACAGUGUUCUCUAUGAAGCACAAGAUAAAUGUUCUGCCAUUGAAGGGAGCCGUAAACUGGAGCACAGCAAUGAACUGAGGUGCCUUGAUAAAGCUACUUUAAUCACAGACACCGAGAUUGCAUAUGGCAACUUCUCCAAUCCGUGGAGGCUCUGUACCGUUACACAGGUAGAGGAACUGAAGAUUUUGGUCCGCAUGUUUCCUAUCUGGGCCACAGGAAUUGUGUUCUCUGCUGUGUUUGCCCAAAUGUCAACACUAUUUGUGGUACAAGGGAAGCUAAUGGAUAGAACCGUGGGUUCUGUCACCAUUCCUGCGGCCUCUCUCUCAUUUUUUGAUUUCGUAAGUGUCAUUAUCUGGGUCCCCAUCUACGAUAGCAUAAUCACCCCAAUCGCUAAAAGGUAUAUACACAAGGAGAGGGGCUUUUCACAGCUGCAACGGAUGGGAAUUGGGCUGUUCGUGUCCAUUCUAUGCAUGGCAGCCGCUGCAUUGUUAGAGAUUAAGCGACUGCAGCUUGCCAGGGAGCUCGGUUUGGUCCACCAAAAGGUUGCUGUUCCACUGAGUAUACUUUGGCAAAUUCCCCAGUACUUUUUGUUAGGCGCCGCAGAGGUCUUCACGUUCAUUGGACAACACGAGUUCUACUACGAGCAAGCACCAGACGCGAUGAGGAGUUUGUGCAGCGCCUUGUCGCUGCUGACGAAUUCAUUGGGAAAUUACCUCAGCUCAUUGAUUCUGACGAUCGUAACAGCCAUCACGACCGAGGGCGGGAAGGCUGGAUGGAUUCCGGAUAACUUGAACGAGGGCCAUCUCGAUUACUUCUACUGGCUUCUAGCUGGACUCAGCUUCUUAAAUUUGGUGGUGUACAUGGUGUUUUCCCGAAAGUACAUAGAGAAGAAGGCUUUUGCUGCUGCCUAAGAUAUUCUUCUUCGACAAGGCAUUGUUUUCCAAUUGGUAUACAUAGAUUGAAUUCUGAUGUGAAACAUGUUUCCAAGAUGCUGUUAUUUCCACAAUUAUAUGGGAAUGGAUCCGUAAUACU